UGCUACUAUCUCAAAACCAGUUGGUGGUGAUAAAAAUGGAGGAACCCGUGUGGUAAAGAUUCGGAAAAUGCCUAGGUAUUAUCCUACUGAGGAUGUGCCUAGAAAGCUGCUAAGUCACAGGAAAAAGCCCUUCAGCCAGCAUGUUAGGAGACUCCGGUCUAGCAUUACCCCAGGAACAGUUCUGAUCAUGCUCACUGGCCGCCACAGGGGCAAGCGAGUGGUUUUCCUGAAGCAGUUGGCAAGUGGCUUGCUACUGGUCACAGGGCCUUUGACCAUCAACCGUGUUCCUCUGCGAAGGACCCAUCAGAAAUUUGUCAUUGCCACCUCUACCAAGGUUAACCUUUCUGGUGUAAAAAUUCCAAAUCAUCUUACUGAUGCUUACUUCAAGAAGAAGAGGCUGUGUAAACCUAAACACCAAGAAGGAGAGAUUUUUGACACAGAAAAAGAGAAAUAUGAGAUCACAGAGCAGCGUAAGGCUGAUCAGAAAGCCGUGGACUCUCAGAUCCUGCCCAAGAUCAAGAAAAUUCCUCAGCUCCGGGGCUACCUGCGUUCUGUAUUCUCUCUCUCCAAUGGAGUUUUCCCUCACAAACUGGUGUUUUAAAUGCCUUGCAAAGAACUCUUAUUAAAAUAAUUGG